CAGAUCCCCGAAGUGCAAACUCCUACACGAUGGAAUCGAAAUGACUGCCUGCCCCUUUUGAAUGGAAAUGAUGAUCCGCCUGGGCCGCGCAUUCCCCAGAAGACGGGCCGUUACCAUUCAUCGGAGGGUGGGUGUACACGUAAGCUACAUGGGUCGUCGGCCCUCGGGAACAACAAGCUUCCACAAGCACACAGCGGCCAGCCCGCAUGCUGA